GUUGAGAGGGCAAAAAAAAAAAGGAAUAAAAUCACAAGGAGCGCAUGGUUUUGCAUUUAAACAAAUGAAAGGGGAAAAGGAAGAAUAGAGGGAGCUGGAGAGUUGGGAGGGGGUAGAUGAGAUCUGGGAUCAUCAGUAACGGCGGCGAGGGCAUGAUGGGCUCCAGAUGGUCUCUCCGGGACAUGACGGCUCUUGUCACCGGCGGCACUCGUGGAAUCGGGCAUGCUGUGGUGGAGGAUUUGGCCCAGUUUGGCGCCUCUGUGUACACCUGCUCUAGGACCGAAGCGGAGCUCAACAGAUGCUUACAGGAGUGGCGGGACAAGGGCUUUACGGUUUACGGGUCGGUUUGUGACGUGUCUUCGCCGCCCCAAAGGCAGAAGCUCAUUGAACAAGUGGCUUCUAAAUUCAACGGCCGCUUGAACAUUCUUGUGAACAAUGUGGGAAUAAAUGUGAGGAAGCCAACAGUGGAGUAUACUCCCGACGAUUAUUCCAUGAUGAUGACUACUAACUUCGAAUCUGCAUAUCAUCUGUGCCAACUGGCAUAUUCUGCCCUAAAAGCAUCUGGCAACGGGAGCAUUGUGUUCAUUUCCUCUCUUGCGGGCCUGACCAGUCUGGGUACUGGAACCAUCUAUGCAGCGGCUAAAGCUGCAAUCAAUCAGCUUACCAAAAACCUUGCUUGUGAAUGGGCAAAAGACAAUAUAAGGAGCAACUGUGUUUCACCCUGGUGUACAAAAACGCCACUCGUGGCACAUUUGAUUGAAGACGAAAAGUUUGUGAAGCAAGUACUGAGCCGAACGCCUAUAAAGCGAAUAGCAGAAGCACGUGACGUGUCAUCCUUGGUGGCUUUCCUCUGCCUACCGGCUGCCUCCUACAUCAAUGGACAGAUUGUUGCUGUUGACGGAGGAAUGACCGUCAAUUCUUUUCAAUUCAACAUGAAUUCAGCUUAAGCUUUUUUUUUUUCUUUUUUCUUUUGGUGUGUGUGUCGGUGAACUACGAGGAAAAGACUGAAUUCGUAUGUCAACUCUUCAGUUCCAUUUAACAUAGAGGUUCGUUGUUUUCCCGAGAGGGGUGGGAUGUAUUUUCUCAUCUUUCCUUUCUCUUCUUCAUCGUAUUUGUGAGUUGCAUUCAUCAACUCGGUUUUACACGGUUGAAGAUACAAAUAAGAAAAAUUUGCGCAAUUGACCAUUUAUUUUGUCUCCUUGUGUUUGAAAUCUAUGGCAGCUUAAAUUUGUUUA